CCGUGCCGGGCACACACUGCUCCCUCCCAUCCCUCCGCCCGCACUCCUUCGCUCUCGCUCUCCGUAUCCCGGGACAGUGCCCGAAACUCGGUGGGGGCCGCGGCUCCCGACGGCUCCUCGGACGCGGUUGUGUAUUAUCCUGAGCAAUGGCCCCCUUUUUACGGAUAUCUUUCAACUCGUUUGAGCUGGGACCUGUGCAGAAUCAAGGAGAGCAACUACAGCCUUUCUGUGCUAUCAAGAUGAAGGAAGCUCUGACUACAGAGAGAGGCAAAACUCUAGUUCAGAAGAAACCCACCAUGUAUCCUGAAUGGAAAUCGACUUUUGAUGCCCACAUUUACGAGGGCCGGGUGAUCCAGAUAGUGCUGAUGAAAGCAGCAGAGGAGCCACUGUCUGAAGUGACUGUGGGGGUGUCUGUGCUGGCAGAACGGUGCAAGAAAGGCAAUGGCAAAGCAGAGUUCUGGCUUGACCUUCAGCCUCAGGGGAAGGUGCUGAUGGCUGUGCAGUAUUUUUUGGAAGAUGCAGACUGCAGACAGUCAAUGAAGGAAGAGGAGGGGACAGUAACUAUCAACAGGAGAGGAGCUAUCAAGCAAGCCAAAAUCCACUACAUCAAAAAUCAUGAAUUUAUUGCCACCUUCUUUGGACAACCUACAUUUUGCUCUGUCUGCAGAGACUUUGUAUGGGGACUCAACAAGCAGGGAUACAAAUGUAGACAAUGCAAUGCUGCUAUUCAUAAGAAAUGCAUUGAUAAAAUCAUUGGGAGGUGUACUGGUACUGCAGCCAACAGCAGGGAUACAAUGUUCCAGAAGGAGAGGUUCAACAUCGACAUGCCCCACCGCUUCCGAGUCUACAACUACAUGAGCCCCACCUUCUGUGACCACUGUGGCAGCCUGCUCUGGGGGCUGGUCAAGCAAGGGCUCAAGUGUGAAGAAUGUGGGAUGAAUGUACAUCAUAAAUGCCAGAAGAAGGUGGCAAACUUAUGUGGAAUAAACCAGAAGUUGCUAGCUGAAGCUUUAAAUCAAGUUAGCCAGAAAUCUACACGAAGAUCUGAUUCUGGAUCUGUAGAAAGUGUUGGUAUUUAUCAAGAUUUUGAUAAGAAACAUAAAGCUCCAGGAGGAGACACAACAGCAGAUAACAGCGAGUAUGAUAAGCUCUGGGAGGUAAACGCAACCAAGCCAGUGCCAAGAGCUGCAAGGAGAAAAUUCAACAUAGACAGCUUUGUCUUCCACAAAGUGCUGGGGAAAGGCAGCUUUGGGAAGGUUCUGCUUGCUGAGCUGAAAGGGAAGAAUGAAUUCUUUGCUAUCAAAGCUCUGAAAAAGGACGUGGUGCUAAUUGAUGAUGAUGUGGAAUGUACCAUGGUGGAAAAGAGGGUUCUUGCUCUUGCCUGGGAAAAUCCAUUUCUCACACAUCUUUACUGCACAUUUCAGACAAAGGAUCAUUUGUUCUUCGUUAUGGAGUUCCUGAAUGGGGGAGACCUGAUGUUCCACAUCCAAGACAAGGGGCGUUUCGACCUCUACAGAGCAACGUUUUACGGAGCUGAAAUUUUAUGUGGGCUUCAGUUUCUUCACAGCAAAGGCAUUAUUUAUAGAGACCUAAAACUGGACAAUGUGAUGCUUGAUAAAGAAGGCCACAUCAAAAUAGCUGAUUUUGGAAUGUGCAAAGAAAACGUUGUUGGUGACAACAAGGCGAGCACCUUCUGUGGGACCCCUGACUACAUCGCUCCCGAGAUCCUGCAGGGUUUGCGCUACACGUUCUCUGUGGACUGGUGGUCGUUUGGGGUGCUGCUGUAUGAGAUGCUGAUUGGCCAGUCCCCUUUCCAUGGGGAUGAUGAAGAUGAACUGUUUGAGUCAAUCCGAGUGGACACCCCUCACUACCCACGCUGGAUUACCAAGGAAUCAAAGGAUAUAUUAGAAAAGCUCUUUGAAAGGGAUCCAGCAAAACGACUUGGGGUCACUGGGAAUAUCAGAGACCAUCCUUUCUUCAAAACAAUUAACUGGACAGCGCUAGAGAAGAGGGAGGUGGACCCUCCCUUCAGGCCAAAAGUGAAAUCAGCAAGUGACUACAACAACUUUGACAGAGAAUUUCUGAGCGAGAAGCCAAAACUGUCUUACAGUGACAAAAACCUGAUUGAGUCCAUGGAUCAGUCUGCAUUUGAUGGAUUUUCUUUUAUUAACCCAAAAUUUGAACAGAUCUUGAACAAGUAAGUCUCUGGCCAGCUGGACUUUAAUGAAGGGUUACACUUUACAAACCCAGACUCCCAAGUGUUAAUGCAUCCCAACAACGUCGAUACUUCAGAAUUAUACACGGUAGUGUGAAGAAUUGUGUUCAACUCCUGAUUUAUUGGCAGUGUUUCUAUGCAUGGUUGGGUUUAAGGUAUGUGAAUCAUGUGCAUUAUUUUCUCUGUUUGGGAAAAUGUAAAUUCUGUUUGGUACUUGAAUGUAGUUAUGUUAUAUAUAUAUGUGUGUGCUGUAUAUUUUGCUCGAGAGAAGACAUUGGGGAACAGAAGAUGUCUUUUUAAAAUGUAUUUGAGCCCUUUGGUUCUUUUAUUUAAUGUAACUUUCAUUCAUGGCUCUAUGAUUUUUAACUAUAUACAAUUUAACUCAAGUUGUCUUUAAACUACAGUAAACAAUAAUGCUUGGUCAGCCCUGAUCACUUUCUUAAAAUAUUUGUUGUUUUUGUGAAUUAAACAAAAGGAAGUGUCAGGCAAAAGCAGAGAUUCCUUGUGUGACACCAGCUGCUGUGGGAAACUGCUCAGGGGUGCUUUUGCUGAAAAAAUGCUGCAUAUUUAUUCCAAGGCAGUCCAAGUAUGAGACAAGGAGGCCUCAGCAUCCCAGAGCAGCUUGAUCCUGCCUGGGAAUGUGAGGUUCUGCCACUAAAUGCCACUUCCUGCUCAGAGCCACAACAGUCACAGCAGGACAGAGCCCAGGUCAUGACUGCAGCGUUACUUGUCUGCUCUUCCUGAGGAAUUAUUCUGUGUAACUGCCAAACACAAAAUCCUUCUUCCAGUUUUACUUGCUUGUUUGUAACACAGCAGCUGUGUUCCUCCUGCUCCAGAUCCUGCUUUCUUGCAACAACUACUUCUGAAU